CAUCAGCUCUGAAUUUGACGCCGGGUAGGGACACAAUUCACUAACCAUGUAUCGCACUCUAAUUUUCAGUUGUUUAGUUACAUUUUGCCUCAUCAAUGGCUCAUCAUCAAUCAGACUACCUCAAUAUAUAAAGCCCUGCAAAAUCGAUGCCACUCUAGACGAUUGUGCAUUGAAGAGUGGAAGAAUAGCCAUUCCCAAGUUAGUCAAUGGUGACAGGAAAUACAAGAUCCCAAAAUUGGAUCCGUUCCAAGUCAAAAGCUUUAUUAUGGAUCAUGGCUCAAAACAAAUCGGUCUGAAACUGGAAAUGUUCAACUCGCUCCUGAUAGGAUUGAAACAUAUCAAAUUUACUGCCUCCCGAAUGGACAUGAAGAAAAGGCACAUUGAAUGGGAUCUUAUUGUGCCAAAGCUGGAAGUGUUCGGAGAGUAUAAGGUUGAUGGCAAAAUUUUUGUUCUACCAAUUGCUGGAAAUGGAAACGGAAGUAUGACACUGAUUAACCUGAAUGCAACUUUUAUCGUUGAUUUCGAUAAAGAGAAGAGAAAUGGCAAGGAUUACAUCAAAAUUAUGUCAAACAGAAUUAAGUUCGACUGUUCAAGAUUGUACUUCAAGCUCGAUCAUCUGCUCAACAGAAAUAAACUUCUUGGUGACAACUUGAACCAGUUCUUGGACGAGAAUUGGCGCGAAGUGUUGAACGAGCUUGAAGAUUCCAUAGCAACUCCCAUUUCCGAAAUAUCCACUGCGAUACUCAAAGGAAUUGUAAACGAUAUUCCUUUCGAUGAAGUCUUUUUGAAAUGAUAAAUGCAACCUGCAAAAAUUUAUUUCAACAAAAAUUUCACCUACAAAUGUACUGAUAUUCAACGUUCUCCACUCUGAUAAAAAUUAUUAUUUAUUUCAAGAUACAUAAUGAAAAUAAAUUUACAAUCUACAUAAGAUUUUCAUCAACAUUUUUAUUUUAAUACUUAAAUGUAUAUUUCAAUCCAUGCAAUUGAAUCAGUUUAUAUAUUAUUCGGUAUUGACAUAAGACUUGAGACAUAAGAACUGCUUUGGAUUGUUGAUAAAUUUGAAUCUUAAGACUCAGAUUUUUAAUGAAUAAACACAAUUAAAAUUUCUGUCAAGUUUCAUGAGGGAAUCUACAAAAAAUAUGAUGUUCAAAUUAAUUAGAUAGGAUAAAUCUAGGGAUCAUAGAAAAUGGAACCCAAUUUAAAGAUUAUAGACUUUUCAUUUCUCUUUCACAUAA